AAAAACAAAAAACAACUUUGUUAAAAAAAAGAGGUAACAAACUUCUCCGAAACAACAGAGGCAAUUUGCAUUCUCAAAUAUGGGAGAAUCAAAGCCGACCAGCCAUUAAGAGUCUGUUCCUUUGCUGUCAUCCAUUGGGGGACCAAACUCUUCCCCUUCCGAGAAGCCUCCCUGCUUUCCAUAAUACUAUAUAUACAUUCCUUUCCCUUCCAAUCUCUUCCCCCAAGAAACACAUACAUACAGAAAGAGGAGGUUUUAAUUUGCUGUCCUAAUUAUCUCCUAGUAAUUAAAAUCAAUGGCAGAUUUUGAAGAUUUGCUUCCUGUAAUUGCUGAUAAACUUGGUGGGGAGGGCCUGAUAAAGGAGCUCUGUAAUGGGUUUCAGUUGCUGAUGGACAAGGACAUGGGUGUGAUCACGCUGGAGAGCUUAAGGAGGAACUCUGCACUUCUGGGCCUUCAGGAUUUGAGAGAGGAUGAGCUUGUGUGCAUGGUUCGAGAAGGUGAUUUGGACGGUGAUGGGGUUUUGAAUCAGAUGGAGUUCUGUGUUUUGAUGUUCAGAUUGAGCCCUGACUUGAUGGAUGAGUCUUGGUAUUGGCUUGAACAGACUCUGCAACUGCAAGAGGAGCUCGGUAAGAGACCUUGAAUUUGUUGGCCAUGAAGUUCCUCUGGCGUUUCACUAGGACAAUGGAGAAUGCUAAGACUGCGACGUCGUUUUUGUUUUGUAGAAAGGAAUAAGUUGCAUUGUCUUUUCUAAUUAAACAUUGCCUUGGCACAGUGUUUCCAUUUUCUUCUUUUCUUCAUUUGUCAUUUAUUCAGAUAUUGAAAAGCAAAAUGCAAAAACCAUUGCGAAUAAAAGGACACAAAAAAUAAUGGAAAUUCAUUUGGCUACAGAUUUUUAUUUAUUUUUAAUUCUUUUUGAUAAAUUGGAAAUUCAUAUACCUUUCUUAUCUCUGUUUUAAAAGAGUAUAUAUAACAAGUUUUUAAAGAUGUUAAUCCAUAUAUAUAUAUAUAUAUAUAUAUAUU